UCAGAUCACCCUCCUCAUCUUCUCUCUCUCAUCUCCCACCAAAAACCCUCAAAGAAAAAUAGAAAAAGAAACAACCAGCUACCCACUCCAUUCUUUUCCCAAUUGAUCAAUUCCAAGAAUUCCAGUUACUCCAUCCUCGUCGUCCCUUAAGAAAUUUGUUGAUGUGUUAAUUGUGAGGCCGGCUUGGUUUGCAUGGCAUUGUCAUUCUCGGUAUGUGUUAUUCCAGGGUUUCAGUUAGGGUUCAUGCAUAUCGUGCAUCUUUCUUUCAUGUAAUUGUUGUUUACAUGAUCCUCGAUUGGAUUUAACUAAAUUAGCAGAGAAUUGAAGCGAGCAUAGAGGGCUGAUACGAUAUUAUGUUAUAGGAUGUCUGAACCAAUUAAGCCUCUGAAAAAGCCACCAGGCUACAGAGACCCUUCCAUCCCAAUCCAAAUGCCGCCGUCCUUCUACCCUCCACGGCGAAAGCGCAGGAAUUGCUGCUGCAGAUGUUGUUGCUAUUUCAUCAUUUUCCUCAUAUUCGCCAUCCUCUUGUUGAUCAUGUGCGGGGCCAUUUUCUUCCUGUGGUUCAACCCCAAGCUGCCGGUUUUCCACCUCACCUCCCUUGAUUUCACCAAAUUCGCGGUCACCAACUCCCCAGACGGGGGCUCUUCCUUGAACGCCCAAGGCACCGUCGGGGUGGAGAUGAAGAACCCCAACAAGCAGCUGAAAAUGGUGUACGGGCGGACCAAGCUGGAAUUGAGAGGUGGCACUGGCGGGAGUGAGGACAUGAGCCUUGGGAAGGGCAUCGUGCGCGGUUUUGUGCAGAAAGCGGGGAAUGUGAGGGAGUUGAAAGUGAGGAUUUGGUCUAAGGAGUUGUUGUUUGGGAAGAGCGCAACAAAUGUGGGGGACAGAUUCAAAAGGAAGACGCUGAAGGUGAACGCAGAAGUGAAGACAGGAAUUGGAAUAGGAUUCUCGGGGGGUUGGAGCACCGGCCCCAUUGGGGUCACCGUGCGCUGUAAUGCUCUCAGCUUGAAACACAUAUCCGACGUCACCUCCCGGAAAUGUCACGUUAAACUGCUCAACUUGGUUGAUAUAAGCUGACGACGGAUUAUUACCAAUUCAAAAUCACAAAUUAGUUCUUAUGUGCUUAGAUCAGAACAACUCUAGUGUGUUAUCGGUAGGCUAGAAAACAGAAUUUGUGCUCCCAUGAAGUUAAUUCACCGAUUCAAUAGGUAGUAUUUGAUAGAAGAGACCAAUGUUUAAAACUCGACAGUGGUGGUGCAUGUGGAAUUUGCCCCCUCCCACAUAUUCUGUCCGGCCAGAGUGUGGGGGCUCUAAGAUUGGGAUUCAACCUUUUAGGAGAAGAAACAUGGUUUGUUUUGGGGGUGAAUUUUCAUAGAAAUAUGUGAAAUGUUUUACAGGACAAGAUCGAUCAAUUAGUACGACAUGCAUGCUAUCCAUUCAGAUUCUUGUGAAUGUAUGAAAAUUUAAUCAAUUAGCAUAUGGAGUAAUUUAGUC